CUAGUCAAGUAAUACUGUAAUACUGUAUGUGCAGCAACUGUGUUAGAGCCAAGAUGCCUCACUGUCACUGUACUGCUUGGUGUACACAACACACACAAGCCUCCAUCUCAAAUUCUCAACUUGCAGUACCAGACAGACAGACAGGCAACUAUUUUUCUGCUUUACAGCCCACACAUAUAUAAUUCCUAAAUUAAUCUUCUUCUUUUCUUUAACAAACACUCUUCCUCUCCUUGUGUUCAUAUAAAUAUACUCUUUUCUUUUCAUUACAUGAGAUUGUUUUCUAGUUUGAUUUUUAUUUGGUUAUGGGUCUACUAUCAUAUAUGCUUACAUUGAUGCAGUUGAAUUGGGUGGUUUGGUAGAGGGAGUGUUGUCGACGCAAGGUCACCUUCUGUCGGCACUGUCUGUAUCCAACCAUGAUAUAUACUCUGCAUUCCCCUUAAUCUAAUCACAGAUUGAUGCUUCUACGCCUGUAUUUUGCUUAUAAUUAUAGCUACUGCAACUCUCGACUCUGAUCAUACCUGGGUUUCUCUGCAACUUUUACCUCUUAAGUUUGCUUGGCCGUCUUUUUACCAGAAGCAAGUAUUCAAUACACCUUUCAAAUUUGGUAAUGCGGGUGACUUUUUCAGAAGCUCAUUCUUGUUGUUAUUGGGAAAUGAAGGUCCAGUUCAAGGACAUCUUCCUGGGUUUCUUCUCUGGCAGUACAGACCUUCCCCUAGCUAAAUUAUGAUCUUCCACUUUUGGCGUUCCGGUUCAAUGUCUGAUAAUUCCUUUAACAAAAAUACUACCCCCCAUAGUUGAAGCCAUUCCCAUACCAAAUGUCAGCGUCUCUUGCAGCCAUACUUGGAGGUGCUGCAGGAGCCGUGGCAUUGGUGGGGAUAAUUAUUAUACUUAUCGGGUUAUGUCUUCACAAUUUGAGUGUUUCGAGAACGUCUGAGACAGGUUCUUCUGAUCCAUCUGUUCAAGUUGGAACACAUGGUGCGGUUGAGUUGUCAAUACGAGAAACAAGGCGUUUUCAGAUGGAAGAAUUGUCUCUGGCAACAAAAAAUUUUAGUGAUAAAAAUUUGAUUGGGGAAGGAAAAUUUGGGGAGGUGUAUAUGGGUUUUCUUCAUGAUGGGAUGCUUGUAGCCAUCAAAAAGCGACCUGGAUUCCCUAGUCAGGAUUUUAACAAUGAGGUAAACUAUCUCUCAGCUAUUCAGCAUCGGAAUAUUGUUACUCUCUUGGGCUAUUGUCAGGAAAAUAAUCUGCAGUUUCUUGUGUAUGAGUAUAUUCAUAGUGGAAGUGUUUCCAGUCACUUAUAUGGCACUGGUGAUCAGCAUGUUCGUGAAAAGCUAGAAUUCAAGAAUCGUCUAUCAAUAGCUCUAGGGGCAGCUAAAGGCUUGGCUUACCUUCACUCUAUAAGUCCUCGUCUGGUGCAUAAGGACUUUAAAACGUCCAAUGUUCUUGUAGAUGAAAAUUUCAUUGCUAAGGUUGCAGAUGCAGGAAUUCGCAAUUUCUUGGGAAAAGAUAUGGCAAGCCCAUCUUCUCAAGUGAUUGCUGAUGAGAUAUUCCUUUCUCCAGAGGUAAGAGAAUUUAGAAGAUUUUCCGAAAAAAGUGACGUAUAUAGCUUUGGAAUAUUCCUUUUGGAGUUGGUAAGUGGCAGAGAAGCCGCAAAAUUGAUAUCUUCUGACACAAAUCCGAACAUUGUUGAAUGGGUGGAAAAUAUCCAAGAUAAUGGCAAUAUAUCCAGCAUCAUCGAUGAGAAAUUGGGGAAUAGCUUCACAGCUGAAGCAAUGGAAAAGUUGAUACAGUUGAUAAUAAGAUGCAUAGAAGGUUCAAGUGAGAGGCGACCAGCGAUGAGCUAUGUGGUAACGGAACUGGAGGGGAUACUUGAGAAAGAGAUGAGCUUGACAACAAUCAUGGGGGAAGGAACCUCGACUGUGAUCACAGGAAGUCAGUUAUUCAGAGUAGCAAAAUAAAGGGCAUCCUGUGCAUCCGUCAAAACCAGUCAAGAGUGAUAUUUGUGCCAUACUAUUUUCUUUCCUUUUGUUUCAGACAAUUUUUUUUUAUAGUUGAAUAUUUUCAUUUUUCUGUAACACGUGGGAAGAUUUGAUUCAGCUGCUUGAUAAGUGUAUAAAGAAGAGCUGCAAUAUACUUUAGUUUCUGCUACACAAAGGAGAGGACCUUGAUUGUAAAACUUGUUUUGAUAUGAAAUUCAAGGCAGA